CCAUUAGAAAACUGUGUUCUUCCAAGACCGCAAUGCUUUUUUGAUAAAUCUCAGUGGCCUGACUGCCACUCUGAGCACAGUCAUUAUCAUCACGACGGCCAAGACCACCAAUAUCAAGAGUCCCAUCAUCAUGAACAUCAUCAUCAAGAAUUCCAUCACCAUGCAGAGCAUCAGCAUCAGCACCACCAGGAGCCAUCUCACCAACACCAUCACAACCAGCCUCACAACCAAGCAUGGCAAGAGCACACUCAUCACCAUCACCAACCCCAAGGACACGGCUGGCAACAGCAUGACCAAUGGACACCCACCUCCAGUUUCUUCAGUCCACCAGCAGCGCCGCCGCCACCGCCGCCGCGCAACUUUCACCCGGACUUUGAUGACCUACUCUAUCACAGUCUCCACGAGAACCAGCGAAAUGACCACGUCAAUAAAUUCUCGGGUUUCCACGAGCCCUAUCCGCGUCCGAAGCCUCCCACACCACCGCCUCCAGCGCUGCCUCCAGCGCCUGCGGCCUUGCCCCCACAGCCCUCAACCUACUGUGAACCAGACAAAGUCCUGUCUGCUUCCAUGCGAUCUCAUAGUGAGCCCAAUCUGGCAAUGUCCAAUGAGCCCUUUGAUCAGGUUGACGAGAAUCAAGUCGAGGCUGAGGCUAAAAGCCAGCAACACGCCGAUUCUGGUCUACCCGAGAUUGGAAGUGUCAGCAGCGACUGUCAUCCAUCGAAGGGAGGCUCUGUUUCGCCGGUAACACCGACGAAAGGCUCCAUCUUCAAGUCUUCUUGGGACGACGAGUUAACUUUGGCCAAAAUCUCUCCACACUCCGUCGGCUCGCUAUCGCCGUUCUUCUUUCCUGCACUCACGCCGCUCGGCAAAAGCAUCCGAUCGUCGCAACGCAGUGCCACGGUCGCCUUUUCUGGUGCCCCAACGGAGACUGGAGCAGAUGCUCGUGGUGAAGCUGACGAUGCUGGCGGCGGCGGCGGCGGCGGUGGUGCGGCUGAUGGUGGCGCAGGUGGCGCCAGAGAGGGUCGUGGUGACGGAGUAGCGGUUGCUGAGUCGACAGGUACUGCGGGUAGACUGCGCCGCAGUCAGUCUUUCGGCAAGUUUGGACGAGUCCGAUUGUCCUCGGCUCAAAAGCCCAGUUCAGCCCAACCAGGCUCGGCUUCUCCGAUUGCGCUACUUUUAAGGCAGCAUCCAAAGAAGCCUGGUCCCGACUUCCAGACCGGCAAGCCGAGUCUGUCCGGAGGGCCGGUCGACUCAACCAGACCCUUGGCGAAAUGGUCCGAGUUCAGUUCGGUGGUUGGCUUUGAAAGCAAGGCUCCAAAGCGUCUCGGCUCCCCACGAGUGCUCAUUCAGCGCCAGAUGGCCGAGAGGGCCAAUCAACCGAGCACUCGGAAGUCCUUGGAAACCAAUGAGAUCAGGUCUUUCUCUCAGAAGGGCAUGUUGGAGUCUGGAGACUCGCAAUCGGCGCCAAGAACAGAGCCUGUUGUACAGCCAAAAUCGUCAGACCUGCAGGGGUUGAGCGAGAAACGGGAGCCCAAACUGGCACUUCAGGUUGGCGAAGACUAUAAACUGACGGGGCCGGAUCUACGGUCUCUGAAGAAAAAGCCUCGUCCAAAGACGCUUGAACAGCCCAAGAUUUCUACGAGAAAGAAGGAGGAUGGUAUUGUUCAAAGACAGGAAACAAAUGAACUAAGUUCAGCAGGCAAGCCUGACAAGGAGAAGGCAGAAAUCGGAGGCAGACAAGUCACUCCUCAACCGGAUCAGCCCACCAGAACAGAGUCUCAGGCUCAUACAGACAAGCCAACAGGUCAGUCUAAGAAAGAGAUGACUGAGCUGAUGGAUUCUUCGGAGCCCGAGAAAUCGCAAAGUCUACCGCAUCAGUCUCAGCAAAGACAGGCGAAAAGGCAGCUGAAACAUGAAGACCAGCUACAGUCGGAGGAGAGCGAUUUCAAGAUACAGUUGGGCGCCAGACGGCAGAAAAGCAAAAGUUCCCCGAUGGUGCAGCGUAAAGCAUUGUCGCACAGUAUGGGCAACAUCAGUGGCGCAACAACCUUUGCCGCUUCGCCUUCAUCAAAUGAGCCUGCCCCACCAAUGCCCUCGGGCAGCAAGACUAGGGCCAUAUCUCUGCAAGUAAGUACCGGAUGGCUGUUGAUUUUGCCAAAUGCCGCUUGGCACUGUAUACAUUGUGACGUAUAUCUUGAAGUGACUUUUGACCAUAUUUGCAAAAGUGGACGGGUAGCAUAA